GCGCUGCCAGCCCUCUCCCCACGUACGUGCUCCCAGCUAUAAAUAGAGGGCAGGCGGGCAGGCGUUUAUUUUCUCUAUAAACACCAGCCCUCGGCUUGUUUCUCAGAGAUGGGAAAGGCGUGGGGCUGAGAAAUCCCGGGCUGGGGUGGGAGGGCAGGGUGGGGAGGGGACCCCUGACAGCAUGAGAAAGGGGAGAGGAAGGAUUUCAGCUGCUCUGCUACAGCCAGACCACCCCAAAUCCCUUUCCUGGGCACGCUGGAUGGGGAAAUUAAACCCGGCAGGUCGCUGCUGGCACAGUUUUGGCAUCUCCCCCCUGUGCGCCCGCACGUUUGCUCCUCUGGAGCACCUCUCCCCCACCCCCAGCCCCGAAUUUGGCUGGUGCAUCCCCAUCGUCCUGGCGCUCUGAGGCCGAUCCGUCCCACGCCAGGCUGGGAAGCGGCUGCCGGGAAGCUCUCCAGCGCCGGCCGGGCUGUUUGUUUGCAGCUGCGCAUCGCUCCGGUAACAUCCAGCCCGCCCCGGGAGGAUGCUCGGGAGCCUCUCCAAAAGGGGCGCCCGGCUCCGCUGCCCCCGGGGGCAGGUCAGGGUGCGGGGCCGUGUCCCCGUGCCCAGAUACGGGGCCGUGUCCCCGUGCCCAGAUUAAGGGACCGGCCGGGCAGCUGGAACCCCGGCAUGGAGCUCGCCGCGAGCAGGGUGGAGUUGGGAAAAGUUGGCAGCCAGAAGGCGAGAGGCAGCUCGAGAGAGCGAGGAGAGGGGAAGAAAGAAAGAACAAAACCCAUCUUGGGAUGGUUUGGAAACCACGUCCUCUGGGGCUGAUACAAAAUUUCCAGGCCAAUUUCUCCUGGCAGCGGGAGAUGCAGUGAGCCUGAGUCACGCUGCCGGGCCCGUCACAAAAGCCCCAUUUAGCUGCCGGCCUCCCCAGAUCCUCCCACUUUCUCCCCCCCUCCCGUUCUCCUCCCAGAGCAAAACCUCCAAGCACCUAUUCCAGCUUGGGCUGCCUCCCCGCAUCCCUCCGGAUCCGUUAGCACACAGAAUUAAAGCCUCCCUGUCCCGGCCCCCCUGCUCCAGUCUGGGGGGCGCGGCAGGGGCGGGCAGCCCCCUCCCCGUGUGCCAGACGCACGGAUGCUCAUCCCCAGGUGUGACCCGCGAUGUCACGCUGCGCCCCAGCCACCGGGAUGUUUAACACGUGUGCAGGGUGUGCUCUUCCAGCUGCACACAUGUCCCCAGAGGUGUAGUGCUGGCAGAGCAGCCUGACAAUUUCUGGGGGUCCCCGGCACCGUGGCGGCACUGCAGGGGCAGAUGCCAGUGCCGUGCCCUCCCCUCGGUGGCUCCAGGCAGGGCAGGGCAGUGCAAGGAAUGCCAGCAGCACUCGGGCUGCUUGAAUCAUGGCAAAACUACGCUGGAGAAGCAAGGGCCAGAGCAGAGAGGCUGCGGCCAAGGCUGCUGGACCCAUUUCACAGCAAAGCGCUGCGCCGCCUUCCUCCUGCCGGGGCCGUGCGGGCUGAGCGGGGGCCACGGCUGCGCCUGACCCCGAAGUCCGUGGGCUGCAGAAAGGCAUUUUUGUGCGGGAGCCAGGGCAGGAGAGCGGGGAGGCAGAGAGGGAGAGCAGCUGGGAAGGAACUGCAGCAACAAACACAGGCGGAGGCUCUCACGGAGCCUCUUUUUUCGGGGACAGCUACGUGGAGAUGCCGCUGGCGGACGCCUCGCGCACGGUGCGGCUGCGGCUCCAGCUCUACACCAGCCAGGGCAGCGGGCUGCUCUUCCUGGCCGCCGGGCAGCCCGACCACCUCCUGCUGCAGCUGCGAGCCGGCACCCUGCAGGCCAGGCUGCGGCUGGGCUCGGAGGAGGUGACGCUGCAGUCGCCAGCGGAGCUGCAGCUGGACAACCUGGCGGUGCACGACGUGGAGCUGCUGGUGGAGGACGGCAGGAUGACGCUGACCGUCGACGGCCUCUUCAACAGCUCCGUGGACAUCCCGGGGCCCGUCCGGGAGCUGGACAUCCAGUACGGCCUGUACGCCGGCGGCACCGGCGGCCUCAACCUGCCCUACCUUGCCGGGGCCAGCUUGCCCUUCAGAGGCUGCCUCCACUUGGUGACGUUCAACGGCCUGGAUGUUCUCUCCCCGUCAUCCUCUGAUAGCAGCUCCAAGGUCUUCCACGAGGUGCAGGAAGGCUGCAGCACGCAGUUCUCUGCUGAGCCCGAGGACCCCUUCGGGUUCCUGGGGCCACAGUCAUACGUGGCGUUCCCCACGUGGGACGCGAGGGAGGAAGGGACCGUCGAGUUUGUGGUCACCACGGAUGUCACCCACGCGCCCCUCAUCUACCACGCGGGCACAGAGGAUGACUUCUUCUACCUGGAGAUCUCCAACGGGCGCCUGAGGGGCUUUGUCAACAAGGGGAAUGGCGUCGUGGUCCUGCACAACAACGUCUUCAUCAGUGACAAGCAGCAGCACUACGUCAAGGUCUACACAGGCACCCACAAGCUCGAGAUCCUGAUCGACUACUACGCCUCCUCCACGUCCAACCGGGGCAUCAACAACUACCUGGACCUUCGGGGAAACCUCUUCAUCGGAGGGCUGAACGAAAAGGCCCUGCAAGGGCUGAGAGCGCACCGCCUUGCCUUCACCUCGGCGGGCACCAUGAGCAACACUUCCUUUGUCGGCUGCUUGGAGGACCUGCGGAUAAACCUGCAAAGGAAGAGCCUGCAGGACGCCGUGCUGACAAAGAACAUCGCGGCCGGCUGUGGGAAGUCAGACCAUGACUACGAGGACUACGAGGAGGCGUACGAGCAGGAUGAGGCGCCCACCUCCCCUCCACCAGACACCUGGCCGGCAGUGGAAGCGUGCCGGCCGGACAGCAGCUUCCCACCCGCCUUGGCCAACAUCAGCAGGCUGCUGCACGUCAGCCCCCUUGUCCUCUCGGAAGGGGGCACGGCCUAUCUGGAGUGGAAACACGUCCAGCCGACGGUCGACUUGAGCCUCGCCAACAUCCGCCCAUCCCAAAUCCUCUUUACGCUUGCCGGGGACCCUCGGCACGGCCAGCUGGAGCUGGACGUCCCCGGGUCCAGGAGCAGGAAGAAGUUCACCUUGCUGGACGUCGUGAAUCGGAAAGUCCGGUACGCCCACGACAGCUCCGAAGCGCCCAUGGACCAGCUGGUGCUGGAGGUGACGGUGGCCGCCCAGCAGGGCGUCCCCGAGUGCCUGCGGCAGGGGCAGAAGUACGUGCUGCCCAUCAUGGUCAGCCCCACCAACGACGCCCCGCAGGUGAUCUUCCCCCACGGGAACCAGAUGACGAUCCUGACGCACACGCGCAGGCAGCUGAGCACGGACACCCUGCAGGUGCUGGACGACGACACCUCCUGCGACGACCUCGAGUUCCAGCUGCACGGCGGCCAGCGGCUGGACGAGGGCUACGUGGAGUACGACUUCCAGCCGGGCGUGCCCAUCGAGGAGUUCUCCUGCAGGGACCUGGAAGCAGGCAACGUGGUCUACGUGCACCAGAGCGGGACAGACUUGCAGCUCACCUUCCAGGUGAGCGACGGCUCCGUCCCGAGCCCCGUUGCCACCCUGAGGAUCCUGGCCAUAGAGCCCGACAUCCGCCUGCGCAACAACACCGGGCUCUCCGUCUCCCAAGGGGGGGCUGCGCGCAUUUCCACGGCCAACCUGUCCGCCGAGACGAACGCCGGGAAACAACGGGUGCCCAUCCUGUACAGCCUCACAGAGCCCCUCAGGUACGGCGAGGUCCAGAAACAGGGGAGCACGGGAGGAGAGUGGAAAAGAGUCGAGUCCUUCCAGCAGCAAGACCUGGAGCAAGGGCGCAUCCAGUAUUUCAGCACAGAUCCGGAGCACCACCUGGAGGAUAUCAUGGAGAAGCUACGAUUCGACAUCCAGGUGGGCCAGAAGGUCUUGCCAAACAACACUUUUCUCAUAAGCAUUAAAAGAGCCACCAUUAAGAUGAAGACCAUGGUCCCCCUCCAGAUGAAGAACAAGCGGCACAAAAACAUCACCAGCAAGGAGCUGGAGGCGAUGCUGGAAGACCCCAACUCUGCCCCGGUCCCCUUCCACUAUGUGAUCAUCCAGGCCCCCAGGAAGGGAAACCUGGAGCUGCUGGGCAGCAGGCUGACCGAGGGCUUCGCAUUCACCCAGGAGGACCUGCAAAGAAACCGCCUGAGCUACAGCGCGACCGUCAGGAACUCCCAGCAAGCCGAGGACACCUUCCAGUUCCACGUGCGCGCCGGCGAACAGCACUCUCCUGUGUACACCUACCCCAUCAGCAUCGGGGGGGACCCCGACGCGCCCGACCUGACCAACGUCCUGCUGACGGUGCCGGAGGGGGGCCAGGCUGUGAUCUCCAAGGACCACCUGUUCGUGCAGAGCCUGAACAGCAUGGACUACCUCUACGAAGUGAUCGAGGGGCCAGCCCACGGGAGGCUGGCGUGGGCCGCGUCCCUCGGCAGGGCGUCCAGCGAGGAGAUCACGGAGUUCACCAACGACGACAUCCUGCACCGCCGGCUGCUGUACCAGCACGACGACUCCGAGACGCUGGAGGACGACAUCCCCUUCGUAGCCACCAGGCAGGGCGAGGGCAGCACCGAGCCCGAGGCGGAGGAGGUGAGAGGGGUUUUCAGGGUCUCCAUCCAGCCCGUCAACGACCAUAUCCCCGUCCGGGCCGUGAGCAAGGUGUUCAACGUGGUGCGCAACGGGCAGCACCUGCUGACGACGGACGACAUCGCCUUCACCGACAAGGACUCGGGCUUCUCCGACGCGCAGCUGGUGCUGGCCAGGAGGGACAUCUUGUUUGGCAGCAUCGUGUCCGUUGACGACAGGAGCCACCAGCUCUAUCGGUUCACCCAGGAUGACCUGAGGAAGAAGAAGAUCCUCUUUGUCCAUUCCGGGGCUGACCGGGGCUGGAUCCAGCUGCAGGUCUCGGACGGCCUCCACCAAACCACGGCCCUCCUGGAGGUGCAGGCGUCAGAGCCCUACAUCAAGAUAGUCAACAACACCGGCCUCGCCAUCCCCCAGGGGAGUCAGGGGAGCAUCGAUGCCUCCGUCCUCAGCCUGGAGACCAACAUGGACAUCAGGUCGGACGAGGAGAUACGGUUCCUGAUCACCGCCCCGCCGAGGUGGGGGGCCGUGCUCAGAGGGGGGCAGCCGGUUAUGGCUUUCUCCCAGAGGGACCUGCUGGCAGGAGAGGUCUCCUACCGCCACAACGGGAGCAGGAACACCCGCGAUGAGCUCCAGUUCACCGUGGAAGCAAACGAGGUGACGGUGGAGGACACGUUGGCCAUCACCAUCUUCCUGGACACCCACCCAAGCCCCCUGCACGUUGUCAACAACAAGGAGAUACACGUCUUCCAGGGGGAGGCAGCUGAGAUCAAGCAGGAGCACCUACUGGUGAGUAUCCCCUUCUCUGCUUGUUCCCCAACACCCACAUCACCUCCCGGGCCACCAGACCAUGGGGGGGGCUAUUUAACACCCACCUGCAGUGACCAAAGGACUUGUGCUCGCGUCUGGCUUUGCCAUGACCCUCAGAGCAACCCCUGGCAAAUGUCAGCCCCCACUCACACCGUGCCUCCCCCACGCUCCCAGGUGGCCCACGAAGAGAUCCCCCCCCAGGACAUCGUCUACGUGGUGAGCAGCCCCCCGGCCUCCGGCUUCCUGGUGAUGGUUCAGCACGGCCGGGACUCGGACGAGCCGCCCAGCCUCGACCCCGUGCAGUCCUUCACCCAGGAGGACAUCAACAGCGGCCAAGUCCUCUACCUGCACUCCAAGCCGGAGGAGGAGCGGGACCACUUCGUUGUGGACAUCACGGCUGGGGGGGCAGACCCCUUGGAGGGGGUGGCAGUGAGCCUCAGCGUGCUCCCCGCCACCGUCCCCCUGGACGUCGGCAACCUCACAGUGCCGGGAGGCGGCUCCGCCGUCCUCUCCACGGCCAUCCUCAACGUCCCCAGCGACUACUUCGUGGCUCAUGGCGUGGAGUUCAGGGUCCUGGAGCCCCCCCGCUUCGGCACCCUCCUGAACACCAAGCGGCCCGAGGAGGGGGGGCUGCAGAGCUUCACCUGGAGCGAGGUGGAGAACCAGGAGGUCCGAUACAGGCAGGACGCGCCCCGGGCUCGGGCCGACAGCUUCACCCUGCUGGCCAACGCCUCCGACAGCGGCCGGCAGAGCCAGCCCCGCACCGUCUUCGUGGCCAUCGCGCCCCGGCGCACGGCGGGGCCCCGGCUGCGCAUCAACGCCGGGCUGCAGCUGCGGAAAGGUGCCACGGCCACCAUCGGCCCCCAGACCCUGCGUGCCGAGGAUGAGGACAGCCCGGCGGCGGAGGUCACCUUCUCCAUCCAGCCCCCGGUCAAUGGCAAGGUGGUGCUGAGGCCGGCGCCCGGCGUGGAGGUGCGGCGCUUCACCCAGGCGCAGAUCGACAGCGGCCUCGUCCUCUUUGUGCACCAAGGGCCCCUGGAUGGAGGCUUCGCCUUCGACCUGUGGGACGGCGAGAACCUGUCCCCUGGGCACUUCUUCCUCGUCAGGGCGCAGGGCGAGGAGCUCAGCCUGGCCAAGAAGCAGAGCCUCACCCUCUGCCCAGGUGCUCUGCAGCCCCUCACGAGUGAGAACCUGCAGGCAGUGAGCAGCAGCCCCGCCAGCCCCACGGCCCUCUACUACAGCAUCGAGCAGGCCCCACGCCUCGGCCGGCUGCGCACAGCACGUGGGGAUGAAGUCAGGAACUUCACCCAAGCCCAGGUGGACGGCGGGAUGAUCUUCUACCAGCACGAGAUGCCACAGGAGCCCUUCUGGCUCGCCCAGGACGCCAUCCGCUUCCGUGUGGUGGCUCCGAGCUCCAUCUCCGACUCCUUCGUCCUGCUCGUGCUGAUAUCGUUCGAGGCGAACUGUUCCCAGCGCUCGACCCAGUUGUGGAGAAAUGCAGGCCUCCGGCUCGCCAGGGCUGAGCGGGCAGAGAUCAGCACCUCGCUGCUGGACGCGUCCAACCUCCUGAGCCAAGUCCCGGCCCCUGAGAGGGCCGCGCACGACGUCGUCUUCCUGGUGACAGGGCCGCCGCUCCACGGGCAGCUCUCGGUGGCCGGCGUGGCGCUGGGGCAGCCGCAGCCCUUCUUCCUGCAGUCGGACCUGGCCGCCGGGCGCCUGGCCUACACCCACGGCGGGGACGCUGCGUCCGAAGACCGCUUCCAGUUCCAGGCUUGGCUCCGGCCCCGGGCGCAGCAGUCCCUCCGUCCUCCCCGCCACGGGGUGCUCAUCUCCGAAGCUUUCAGCAUCACGGUGAGCGGCGGCAGCGGGAAGCCACCGCGGGUGGUGAAGCGGCACCGGGCACUGCAGGUCCUGCACGGCUCCACCGCAACCUUGUCCCGGGAGUACCUGGACGUGGCCGAGCUGGAGGGCUCCCCAGGGGACGUGGUCUACACCCUGCUCCAGAGACCCCUCGCUGGCCACCUGGCCAACGCACACAACCCUCAGGUGGCCAUCGAGCGCUUCACCCAAGCAGACAUCAACGCCGGCCACGUGGUGUUCGUCACCACCACCGGCAGCAGUGCCCCCGAGUCCUUAGCCCUGAGCCUGUCCGACGGCCGCCACCCGGCCACCCUGACCUCGCUGGAAGUUGUGGUGCUGCCUGCGGCCAGCCCGGUGCCGCUGGAGGUGCCCCAGGAGCUGAACAGGGCCACCCUGACCCCCCGGCACCUCCCGGGGCAGGGCGAUGCCCAGUACAGGAUCACCAGGGACCCGAGGUUUGGCCAGGUGCUGGUCAACCAAAAGCCGGCGCGGGACUUCUCGCAGGCGCAGCUGGACCACGGGGAGGUGACUUUUACCUUCACCCAGCUCACCUCUCCCCAGGACAGCUUCCAGUUCCUCGCCACAUCGCGGGGAGUGAACAGGAGCGGGGAAGUGAACGUCACCGUCCGCGCCCUGGUGACGGCUCGGCCGGGGAGCGUGUGGCCGCGGGGCACCACGGCCCUCCUGGACACCCGCAUCCUCGACGCGAGCGAGCUGGCCAACCGCACCAAGAGCGUGCCGGUCUUCAGGAUCCGCAGGUCACCCCACAGCAGCCAGCUUGUGAGGGUCUCGGGGGAUCCAGGGCAGCCCCCAAGCCCAAUCGAGACCUUCAGCCAGAGGGAGCUGGAGCAGGGGUUGGUGGGGCUGGAGGUACUGGAUGCCAGGGACACCCACCAGCACCCGCAGAGUGACAGCUUCCUCUUUGAGGUGGCGGCUGCUGGCGUACCACCAGCACUGGCAUCCCUGGAGUACAUCACCGAGCCCUACAACGCCUCAAAAGUCUACGGGGUCACCCUACUCAUGGCCCCGCCAGCGCCGUCGUCCCCGGUGCCGUGGCCCCAGGGCACGGCACGGAGCAGCCCCAACGCCAGCGAGGUGGGCAUGGUGCCCCCCAGCGCCUGGCCGGGCCCCGGGGCCACCGCCAGCCCCAGCCCCGUGGAGGGGGGCACCUUCCUCAGCUUCAUCGAGGCCAACAUGUUCAGCAUCAUCAUCCCCAUCUGCCUCAUCCUCCUGCUGCUGGCCCUCAUCCUGCCGCUGCUCUUCUACCUGCACAAGCGCAACAAGACGGGCAAGCACCACGUGCAGGGCGCCCCGUCCUCCAAGGCAAAGAACGGGGCCGUGCCGGAGCAGGAGACCUUCCGGAGGACGGACCCCAACCAAGGCAUCCCCCUAACGACUGUCAACUCCCUGGAGGGCAAGGGCACGGCCCCCCCGCCCCAGGGCACGGGUCCUGGGGUGCCACCGGACCCCGAGCUCCUGCAGUACUGCCGGACAUCCAACCCCGCCUUGAAAAACAACCAGUACUGGGUGUGAGGGGCUCAGGCGUGGGGGGCACAAGUGGCCGGACCCCCCCAGACCACCCCGGAGCAUCACCAGCACCGCCACCUCCUCCCAGCUCUCCUCCUCCUCCCCGGGAGCCGGCACCGCGCGGGCGCAGGAGGACCCUGGGGACGGGGGGGCUGCCGGCGUGGCCCACCCAGGAGCCCCGAAUCUCCAGACAGCUUUGGGCAGGGGGGCACUGCAAGAGGGGAGGGGGGCAAAAGGCCAGCGCGGCCCUGGGGCGCUCGCAGGGACACCCAAGGGUGCUGGGGGGGAGCGGGGGGGCCCGGCGGGGGCGAGCAGCUCUGGGCGCGAGAGGGAGGAUGAUGAGCAGCUUGCACUGAGUCAGGCUUGGGAUGAAGCUGCCCAAAUCCCCCAGGGCUAGGCGGGCUGAGGCACUGGAAAAGAGGCUCGGAAAAACCCCGGGGCCAACGCCGAGGGACUCCAAGGGGUCCCCACCCACUUGGAAAAAAGGCUCGGAAGCCGGAGAGAAGAGCAGGGCACGGGCCCCGACGUGUUUUCCCACUGUAUACUCCAGCACGGCAGAAGUGCAGGGAAUAAAGUGCCUUUUCCCGAGGGGCGUCCCAGAA